ACUCUGCCCACUACGCGUGAUCCACCACCACACCCAUUUCCUCGUGCGGUCGGAGCGCAGCGCAGCGGCGGCGGCAGCGGGAGAGGGGAGCCGGCGGAAGGGAGGAGGCAGCGGCGGGCCGGCGAAGAUGAGCGGCAACGGCGCGAAGAAGGUGGCCGACAUGGCGGUGAAGGCCGGCAAGGCGAUCGACUGGGACGGCAUGGCCAAGAUGCUCGUCUCCGAGGAGGCGCGCAAGGAGUUCGCCACCCUCCGCCGCACCUUCGAGGACGUAAACCACCAGCUCCAGACCAAGUUCUCCCAGGAACCCCAACCGAUUGAUUGGGAGUACUACAGAAAAGGAAUUGGAUCUAAAGUGGUCGAUAUGUACAAAGAGGCUUAUGAAAGCAUCGAGAUCCCCAAGUAUGUUGACACCGUUACUCCCGAGUACAAGCCGAAGUUUGACGCUCUGGUUGUUGAACUGAAGGAGGCUGAGAAAGCGUCUCUGAAGGAGUCAGAAAGGAUAGAGAAGGAAAUUGCUGAACUCAGGGAAAUGAAGAAAAAGAUCAGCACAAUGACAGUGGAUGAAUACUUUGAGAAGCACCCUGAAGUCAAGCAGAAGUUUGACGAUGAAAUCCGUAAUGACAACUGGGGAUAUUGAAGAGCAGAACGGAACUCUUAUCUGGCCAUUUCCAUGUCUGUGAAGAACCAAUAAUUUUUCCGUGCCCUGAUAUGUAUAGGGGAAAUCCACCAUCUCAAAUCUGGUGGUUUCCGUAACAUGUGCAUGGGGCUUGGUGGAAUCCCUACACAAUCGACUGUGUCAAGCUUUCCCGAAAUUCCAUCUAAACACAUUUUGUUUGACCUCAUCAUUUUCUCGAGGAUUGUCCGUUGUCUUAUAAAGAUUAUAUGUUGUGUCCUUAGCUCCUUUCUACUUGAAUAAGAGGACUCUGCAGACUUUUUGCCUCCACUGGCCUUCAGUAACGUGUUAGUCUUUAGUCCGAACGCUUGCUGUUUGGUGCAAGUGUAACACUGAUGCUGCCUAAUGCCCAUUUUAAACCUUUUUUUAU